AUGAAAUAUACUUUGGUCUCAUCCUGUGUUGCCCUUGUCCUUUUGACUUUUGGAGGAGUCGAUGCUUAUCCUAGAAACAGACAAACAAAGCCAACUAAACAACCGACUCUUUCAGUCUCCUUAAAGGCAAACGCAGACUACACACCUAACGUCAGAGCAUCUCUUGCUAAAGCCGUCGCCAAGUUCACCAAACACAGUGAACGUCCUGUCAGCAAUGCAGGUGAUUCAUCCGGUACAGUGUCGAUCGGUGUUGUUCCUGUAGUAGAUUAUGGUCAUGAUAUCAUGUACUACGGUAUCAUUUCCAUUGGUAAUCCUCCUGUAGAUUUCAAGAUCAAUUUCGAUACCGGUUCUUCAGAUUUAUGGAUUGCUUCUACCAUGUGCUCUUCAUGUACUACUCAAACUCUCUAUAACUCUACUCAAUCCAAGACUUAUGUUAAAGACGGUCGUCCCUGGAGCAUCUAUUAUGGUGAUGGAUCCAACGCCUCCGGUGUUUUAGCUCAAGAUACUGUGGUCAUUGGUAAUAUUACUAUUGCCAACCAAACCAUUGAAUUAGCCCAACAAGAGUCCAGUUCAUUUGCGCAUGGUGUUACAGAUGGUCUUCUCGGUCUUGGUUUUGGUUCUAUCACAACCGUAGAUGGCAUCAAGACUCCCUUUGAGAACAUGAUCAGCCAAGGCUUGGUCGACUCUCCUGUCUUUGGUGUUUAUCUUGGUAAGGCCAGCAAAAAAGGUGGGGGUGAAUACACGUUUGGUGGUUCCAAUCCUAGUAAAUACAAUGGUACUUUACAUACUGUCCCUGUCAAUAGCUCUCGAGGUUACUGGGGUGUAGAUAUUUCCAAUGUCAAGGUCGGCAAUACUUCUGUUGCCAGCGGUUUUGAUGGUAUUCUUGAUACGGGUACUACACUUUUGAUCUUUACAGAGGAAAUUGCCAACAAUGUUGCCAAAGCAUAUGGUGCUACAGGGAACGGAGAUGGUACCUUUAGAAUUGCUUGUGAUACCUCUAAAUUCAAACCUUUGGUCUUUACCAUGAACGGUAAUGAUUUCUAUGUCCCCCGUGAUUCACUCAUCUUCCAAAAAGAUGGCGAUUAUUGCUUUGCCGCUUUUGCUUACAGCUCGGGCUUGAAUCUCUCCAUUUUGGGUGACGUUUUCCUCAAGAAUAACUAUGUUAUCUUUAAUCAAGAAGUUCCCAGUGUUCAAAUUGCUCCCUCCAUCGACCAAUUUUAA